AUGUGUUUCGGGGGUCGUGGAAAGGACGAUGAGGCUGAGGCCUCCCGGUCGCGCGAGCUAGACAAGCAGAUCCGCGCGGAUGAGAAGCGCCUGUCGAAGGAGGUGAAGCUGUUGCUGCUAGGAGCUGGUGAAUCCGGAAAGUCUACGAUUUUGAAGCAGAUGAAGUUGAUCUAUGCACAAGGUUUCAGCAAAAAUGAGAAGCUGGAAUGGAGGCCUGUUAUUUUCGCCAACAUUCUACAGUCGUUCCGAUUGAUCUUUGAUGCGAUGAAUGAAUUCAACAUCAAGCUGGAGGAUGAAGAUAAUGAGAAGAACAUGGUACAAAUGAUGGUCGAUUACGAGAUGAGGGGAGACGAGCCUCUACCACUAGAAUAUUUCGAGCCAGCGAAGAAGCUAUGGCAGGAUUCAGGCGUCAGGCAAGCUAUCGAGAAGGGCAAUGAGUUUGCGUUGCAUGACAACCUUCAGUACUUCUGCUCGGAUCUGGACAGACUAUGGGACAGGAACUAUGUUCCUAGCGACCAGGAUUUGCUGCGCUCGAGGCUACGAACGACUGGUAUCACCGAGACUGUUUUCGACUUGGGCCAACUCACAUACCGUAUGUUUGACGUCGGUGGCCAGCGGUCGGAGCGGAAGAAGUGGAUUCACUGCUUUGAGAACGUCAACUGCUUGCUGUUUUUAGUAGCUAUCUCAGGUUACGAUCAGUGCCUGGUUGAAGACAAGGAUGGGAACCAAAUGAACGAGGCCCUCAUGCUCUGGGAAUCGAUCGCCAAUUCUCACUGGUUCACAAAAUCGGCCUUGAUCCUGUUCCUCAACAAGAUCGACCUUUUCAAGGAGAAGCUGCCCCGAAGCCCGAUAACGAACCACGGUUUCACUGAUUAUCAUGGUCCCCCGGACGAUUCUAAGCAGGCCAGCAAGUACUUUAUGGACAAGUUCCGCGCGCUGAACCGGAAUCCGGACAAGGAGAUCUAUGGGCAUUUCACAAAUGCGACCGAUACCAAUCUUCUGAAGAUAACCAUGGGUUCCGUGCAGGACAUGAUCAUCCAGCGGAACCUGAAACAACUUAUCCUGUAAGGGGAUAUUCAUAUAAUGAUGGGCUUGCACAUCCG